UCCUUACUCGCGUAGAUUCGAGACAUUGUAACGAAAUCCGGGAUUUAUCGAACCCAAACCCAGUAAAUCCGAAUUUAAGUGUCGAUCGAGACGCUCAGGAUCGGAUUUGCAUUUUAAAUUUCGCGCGUCACGAGCAACGUUUGGCGCCGUUCCUGCAAAUGUUUCUGCGGAUGUAUCUUCACCUAAUAGCAAAGAAAUAUUCAUUUGUUUAGCAAUAUGAGUCGACAGUUCACCAAUCUUAUAAUUAACUUUUGAGACCUUCUAGUUUGGUUUUCAAUAAAAAUGGCAAAGGCUACUACGUGUAAAGAAGCAAUUCAGAAGUGGGAAGAGAAAAAUGCGUUAACUGCAAGCGAACAAACAGAAAUAUCGCUUAGUUUUCAAUGGCCACCAAUCGAUAAAAUGGAUAACAGUCUAAGUACAUUAGCGAAUGUCCAGAUGUUGUCCCUCUCCACGAACAUGAUCGAAAAAAUAUCUGGGAUAAACUCGCUAAAGAACUUGAGGAUUCUAUCGUUAGGCCGUAAUUAUAUUAAAACGUUUUCUGGACUGGAGGCAAUUGGAGAACAUUUGGAAGAAUUAUGGAUAUCGUACAAUUUAAUAGAAAAAAUUAAAGGCGUUGCUGCACUUAAAGCAUUAAAAGUUCUUUAUAUGAGUAACAACCUGGUAAAAGAUUGGGCAGAGUUCAACCGCCUACAAGAGAUUCCCAAACUUCAGGAAUUAUUGUUUCUAAAUAAUCCCAUAUGCGAGAACAUGGACGUCGAGUCUUGGAGAACGCAAGUAAUGAGAAGGCUACCCACUCUCAAAAAACUUGAUGGCAGACAUAUUGUGUUAGUUAUUUUUAUAGAAACAGCACUUGCUACAAAAAUGUACUUAAUCAACAAAUAAUAUUUGUAAUAUUAUUUUCCCA